GCCUUGCUUGCUCGGGCGUCUUAUCUCGCGGCGCGUUCUUGGUGGCCAUCCAAUCCAAUCGAAUCCGCGCGAAAUCCAAUCCCUAAUCCCGCAUCUUAUCGUCCCAAAUCAUCGCCCCGAGGUUGGCCCCGCGAUCUUGGGGUGAAUUGGUGGCGGUGGUGAUGUGGAGGAGUCCGUGAUCUUGGUUGGUGGGGUUGGGAAUUUGGGAGGUGUUUGAUCGGGUUUGGGAGGAGUCCGGCGACGAUGGCGACGCCGACGCACUUCACGCCGUCGCAGACGCACGCCGCGGCUUCGCACCACCACCCGUCCGCGGCGGCGGCGGCGAGCGCGGCGUCCGCGCGGCUCCACGCGUCGGCGCAGCCGGCGUCGGCGGCGGCGUCGGCGUCGGCCGCGGCGGCGGCGCUGUGCCCGCCGUUCCCCGCGGCGGGGGCGGCGUGCCCGCCAGCGCAGGGCCCCAUCUUCGGCGGGGGGCCCGGGGCGAAGCCGUGGGUGGUGCAGCAGCAGCAGCCACAGCGCGCCGCGGCGGCGGCGCUGGGGCCGGAGUUCAGGCGCGCGCGCUCCACGAGGAACAUCUCCAAGCGCAGCCGCGGCGGCGCGUGGGGCGCGCAGGACCGGGGGGGCGGCGCGCGCGGCGGGCCCUUCUCCGCCGCCGCGGGGCGCUGCGUGGAGAAGCUGCUCCGCGUGGCGCCCGACGACCGCCGCGCGCUCGGCGCGGCCCUCGCCUCCUCCCGCGGCGAGCUGGUGGCUCCCGAUGACUACUGCCAUGUCCUGCGAGAGCUCGGCGACCGGGACAAAUCCGCGCUCCGUGCGUUCGAGGUGUUCCACGCCGCGCUGCCGCAUGUCGGCAAUGGCGCCGUCGACAAAGGCAAGCUCCUGACUGCUUCCAUUGGUGCGCUCGGCAAGAUGGGGAGACCAGACCUUGCAAGGAGAGCCUUCGAUGAUGGCGUUGCGGGGGGUUACGGCAACACGGUGUUUGCGCAUUCGGCUCUAAUUUCAGCGUAUGCAAGGAGCGGUCUUGCGAAUGAGGCCAUGGGGGUGCUCGAGUCGAUGAAAGGUGCAGGACUGCGGCCUACCACGGUGUCUUACAAUGCGGUGAUUGAUGCGUGUGGUAAAGGCGGCGUCGACCUUAGGUUCACACUUGGUUAUUUCCGGCAGAUGCUGAAGGAUGGGCUUUGUCCGGACCGGAAGACUUUCAAUUCGCUUCUCGCUGCAUGUAGCCGCGUGGGGCAUUUGGAAGAUGCCCGUGCUGUCUUUGAUGAAAUGAUCCAUCUUGGCAUUGGGCGUGACAUAUACACGUACAACACGUUUAUUGAUGCCAUUUGCAAGUGUGGAAACAUGGAGCUUGCUAUGCAGGUUCUGUUGGAUAUGGAAGCGAAAGGCGUUAAGCCAAAUGUUGUUACAUACAGUACACUGAUUGAUGGAUAUUCCAAGUUAGAGAAGUACGAGGAGGCACUCAAGUUGUGUGAAAAGAUGAAGUCUAUGAGAAUUCAACUGGACCGAGUUUGCUACAACACCUUGCUGGCUAUUUAUGUGAAGGCAGGAAAGUAUGCUGAAAUUGCUAAUGUCUGUGACGAGAUGGAAGAGCUGGGGAUUGAGAAGGACACUGUCACCUACAACUCUUUGAUUAAUGGGUAUGGAAAGCAGGGACGCUUGGAUAUCGUUUCUAUCCUUGUUCAAGAUAUGAGGAAACGGGGGGUAGCUCCUAGUGUAUUAACUUAUUCAACUUUGAUAGAUAUAUAUUCAAAGGCAGGGAUGCAUGGAGAUGCAUUCAAUGUCUACUUGGAUUUUAAGGAGUCAGGCCUAAAGCCAGAUGUUGUUCUAUUCAGCUCUUUCAUUGAUACAUUGGCCAAGAACGGCUUGAUAGAGUGGGCUUUAUCUCUGCUUAAUGAUAUGACGGAGAUGGGUAUCAAGCCAAAUGUGGUUACCUAUAAUGCAAUAAUCGAUGCAUUUGGCAAGUCAAAGGUUAUGAUGGAGGAUGAUUCUGAAGUUGGUGACAUGGGUAUUGUUGGGGUUUAUGGUGGCCAAAUUGUUAGGGUUGCUAAUCCAGUGUCUAGAGGAGGGCGUUCUGCAACUGAUGUCCGGAUGAGGAGGUCACAGGAACUGUUCUUCAUUCUAGAAUUGUUUCAGAAGAUGGUCCAGCAGGGUGUAAGGCCAAAUGUUGUAACUUUUUCUGCAAUCUUAAAUGCUUGCAGUCGCUGUAAUAGUUUCGAGGAUGCAGCCCUGUUACUGGAACAACUUCGCUUAUUUGAUAACUUUGUCUAUGGUGUUGCUUAUGGUCUUCUGGUCGGUUCUCGAGAAGUUUGGUCACAAGCUCAAUCGUUAUUUAAUCAGUUAGGACGCAUGGACUCUCCAACAUCCUCUGCCUUUUACAAUGCUCUUACUGAUGUGCUAUGGCAUUUCGGCCAGAGGCGAAAAGCUCAGCAAGUUGUGUUUGAAGGGAUAAAUCGUCGUGUCUGGGAGAACACAUGGGGUGAGUUUUGCUUGGACCUGCACCUUAUGUCAUGUGGUGCAGCUCAAGCAAUGGUCCAUGCCUGGCUCCUGAAUGUGCGCUCUAUCGUCUUUGAAGGAAGAGCUAUGCCUGAAUUUUUAAGCAUUCUUACAGGGUGGGGAAAGCAUAGCAGGAUUGCUGGUGCAAGCACCCUCCGCCGUGUCAUUGAAGCACUGCUCAAUUCAAUCGGAGCGCCGUUCCAGGUGGAGCGGUUCAACAUCGGAAGGUUCGUGUCACCCAGCGCUGUGGUGGCAGCCUGGUUGAGAGAAUCGGGCACCUUCAACAUCCUUCUCCUCCACGACGAGCGGGUUCAGCAAGCAGCCCCAUCCAAUCUGGUACCGAGGUUACAAGCCUUGCAGUUGUAGCAAAGCCCCAUAGGGCAGGCUCGCCCUUCCUUGUAGUGUUGUAUCUGUAAUCCUUCCAAUUCUUCUUAAGUUCAUCUUCUCACUUUCAGAAAGAUGUAGUUGUAUCAUAGGCGCAGCGGUUAGCUUCUCUUCUGCUAAAAAAAUCUUACUACUGUCAGCCAGCAAUGUUGUAAAUUUUGGCAAUUCUGCCUUUCAAACUCCUUUUCAUCAAGAGGGGAAAUUUCAAAGAAUACCAGAAUCCCUCCAAAGGUAUCAUCAGCAUAUCA